AUGAACGAUCCGUCCAUGACAGCUGCAUCACAACAAUUCGACGGCGACUGGACGUCUAAUCAGGUUUCCCGACAAACCUCUGGUCGAAAUUUGCGGAAAUCGUGCGAUCGCUGCCACCAGCAAAAGCUGCGAUGCGUCAGGAGUAAUACCUCUCUAGAACCCUGCACGCGAUGCCAACGGGUCGGUGUCGAGUGCGUCUACAGUGCACGGUCCAGUAAGCAGGCCAACAAGAACAAAAGCAGACACCAGAAUGGUGCUCAGACCGAGCCGGUAACACCAGUGAUGAGCCAUCAGCACAGCAACUCUGGGAGUUACGAGCCGGAGGACUUGCAGCUGGGCAGCUUCUUCCCAUCCGCCUUGGACACAACCAACGUUUGGUCUUUGAAUGACCUCGGCUUGGCGACACAUACUCAUAGAGGGCCCGUCUUCUCGAGCAAGUCGGGGAUCGAUGAAAGUGUCAUAGCGCCGCCAGACGUGUGCAAGUCCGGCAGCGACUCGUCCAGUCGAUUUACGAGUAUAUGUCAGACGUUGGAAACUCUUUUCAAGACGGUGACAAAUCCUGUCCGGGAGGUGUUCAAUGCGUUUGAUAGUCUCGUGAGGGCCAUGGCGCUCGAAUGGGGGAGAGGCCGGACGCCACCACGAGACGCCCAUACAACCUUCGACAAAUAUAUUGACAGCAAGCAGGCGUCCAUGGCAGCGCAAUGCUACAUGCUCUGUAUAAGGCUAUUUGUCUCGCUCUCGGAGAAACUUCUAAAUAACCUUUUAGCAUCGCCUAUGCCAGUGCAACCUGCAACUUUUGGAUUGAACACGCCCGACUCAACUCAGUUCAGUGGUGGCGGCGGGCUGGGGACGCUAGAUAUGAACUUCUCCCUCGGAAACGACAAUGUAAUGGAUAAUUUUGGCCUCGACGACCUAAGUGUUAGCCCUACAGACUCAUAUGAGCAGGCUGUUGACUCGGCCGUCAAUGUGCUCCGUGUCGGCACCAGACUUAUAGGUAGAAUGGAACAGAUGCUGGGCAUUCCUCCGGACAUGGCAGUGGGCACAUUAUCGUCGGCAGAGCAGCCGAGCCUUGAGCAUCAGCGAAAAAAGCGGUCCCUACCGGCGCGCCUCGUCGCCACGACGUGGGAGUACGAGACAAGCAUCGGCAACAAAUGCGCUAUAACAUAUUUCAAGCGCUAUCGCGCGGCCAUCCUGGGGCUUGCCCAUGGCCACAUGUGA